AUGAAGAGUGAUUUCAUUGGUGGUGCCAUUGCCGUAGUCGCUGCUUUUCUUUCAAUUUUUGGUGUUAAUUUACAAAAAUAUUCGCAUGAUAAAGAAGAACUUUGUGCAAUUCCUCGACCAUAUACAAAACGUCCUAUUUGGUGGGUUGGUAUGACGUGUGUUGUAAUUGCUUCAUUUGGUGAUUUUCUUGCGCUCGGGUUUGCACCACAGACGCUCGUGGCGUCUCUUGGAGGUGGUUCGACGAUUUUGGGCAAUUGUCUCAUGUCACAUUUUUGGCUCAAACAGAGUUUAUAUGUGACGGAUAUUGUGGGUGUAGCAUUUGUAUCCCUUGGGGUUGUGGUACUAGCCGCGGCGAGUGAAGAAGACGAAGGGCAUUAUCAGAUGAAUCAGAUUUAUGAAUUGAUGACAGCAGCACCUUUUAUUCUCUAUGUUGUUAUUACAACGGCCUUUGUCAUGACGUUGUAUAUGCGUGCAAGACGUUCCAAAGCACCGGCAUUACGUGUUGUUAGUACAGAGAAGGAAGAUGGACGGGUGGAUGAUGGUCAAGAGAUGACACGAGAAGUAGCCGAGACGAUGCAGCAGCAAAAGGAGAAGAGGGAAGAAUCUGGUGCUUUGGAUGAGAAGAAACACAAAGGAACGAUGACGUCACCUUUUCCAUCGCCGAUUUCAAGUGAUCACUUGGCACUUUCACCUAUGAGUAAACGAUUAGCAGGAGAAGAAGACGAUCAUUUGGAAGAGAUUGAAUUAUCUAGUCUUAAAAUUGGCAGAUACGACGAGAGUGAAAUUGUGAAGCAUACGCUUAUUAUUGACCCAAAAUUGCCUCUAUAUUGGGCAGCUAUCUCUGGAACUAUUGGUGGACAGUCGGUACUAUUAGCCAAGUGUGUCGUGGAACUUAUUUCGUCUACGGUCUCGGGUAACAAUCAAUUUUUGUACUUUGGCACGUACGUGCUGUGGCUAGGCAUGGCGGUGACUUUAUUGACACAGACACAUACACUGAACCUGGCGACAAUGACGGGAGAUACAAUGUCGUCGUAUCCUGUGUUUCAAGGCUUUUGGAUCACGAUGAGUAACAUUAGUGGUGUUGUUUUCUUCCAGCAGGCACACAAUUUCACCAAGACGCAGGGCAUUAUGUUUCCGACUGCUAUAUUGCUUGUAGCUCUGGGUAUUUACUUGGUCUCGAAGCACCAGAAGUUUGGUAAUUUUGUCAAGUACUCGAUUGCAAUGCCUAUCAGUCUCAGCAGUCCCCGUCAACAUGAUAUUGUGGCACAGUCGUUUGUCUUUCGCGUGUCAACACCACAGAAACCUCGUGAUGAAGACUAUGCCAGCAGCACGGAUAGCAGCAGCCCGGAUGAACAGUCUAGAAGAGGAUUGGAAGUAGUAUAG